GAGAGGCUGGUCAUGUUCUUUAGGAUUGGGACUGGGCAGACAGCCUUCAGAGUGGACACAAGUAAGGAGUCACUGACCUGAAGACUAAAAGCUAAGAGGAAUCAUACUUUAAAGCGGGGUAAAGGCCGGAGUUAUGAGGGUGGGAGCUGCAGCCCUGUCUGGGGGGAUUUUUGGGGUAAUAGGGACUCUGUGUUUCUUCCUGGCAUUUGGUACUGACUACUGGCUGGUCGCAAGCGACAACUGCGGACCAUAUAGAUGGCAAACACAAACGACACCGAUGGGGGACAAAGAUGCCAACAGGACUGAGACGCUGUUGGUGGAAGAAGCGAGUACCUCCCCUCCUUCCCUCACGCUGCACCACGAGGGCUUUUUCUGGCGCUGUGCGUUUCAGGUGGAGCCCACGACGCACGCAGUGCUGGCCACUCUCUUCACAAACCAGCCAGAGUCUAAGGUUUGCAUCCAUGGUUACCUCUUCCCGCUACCGGUUGCAGUUGGACAAGUCCCUCAUCCAAAUUAUGACCCCACAGCAGUGUUUCGGGGCUUCUGGACCGUGCUGAUAAUCCUCGGACUCGUCUUAGCUCUGGCUGGAGGCUUCCUCUUGGUCUGUGGUGUUCCUUUCAUCAGCUACAAACUCUACAAGUUGGGCGGGGCCUUCCUCUUAGCUGCUGCCUGCCUGUUCCUGUUCACGCUUCUGCUCUACGUCCUGUGGAUGGAGGUGGUGGAUGUGAAGAGCUACAUCCUUCAGGAGAGAGGGGAAACAUGUCCGAACGCUGAGGUUUCAGUCCUCUACGGCCUGUCAUUCAUGGUGGCGGCUGCCGGAGUGCCCCUGGAGCUCAUCUCUGGUUUGGUCUUCUUGCUGGUAGGCCGUGCAAUUCAUGCCAGCAAGUGACCUGCCCGCCUGGAUCACAGGGUGGAGAGGAGGGGAGCGGGUGGUGGUGGAGAGGCCUGACUUUUUUAUGUCCUGCACUUGACUGGAUUAGCGUGUUUUUGGGAUGUAAAUACAGGAAAGACUGCCGCUGCUUUGGGUCUCCUGGAAGUUUUCUGUCUGUCUCCCACUUUGCUUAAUUUCUCCUCAAAUGUCACUAUUUACUUAAACAUGUUAUCGCUGCCAUGUUUUACUAUCGCCACAAAUGAUAAGCAGACGGUGAGAAGUGCACGGGUGAACCAGCUGUGUCCUGAUUCUGGCGCGUGAUCAAAGUGUGUUUAGCUGCAGCAGAGUGAGGUGGGAGGCAGGAAUGGCUGGGUGGACUGGAGGCUUGGGGAGAGGGUGGGGGUGGAGCGGGAAAGAGGAAGAUAUUGGGGGGGAGAGACAGAAAGAGAGAGGGAGAAUUGAUGCAUGGAGGGGGCACAAGGGUGCUUUGAGAAAUGAACAGCUGUUUGUGGGUUUGGUUGGUGUACAGCAGGCCAGCCACCUGCCUCCUUCACCCCAAUCACAUUUUACUCCUCAUUCAAUCCCCCCAUGCUUUAUUGUUUCUUUCUGGUUUUUUGUUCUUUUUUCCACCUUUUACAGAAACUUUAGAUUUAGAUUUCAAACCCAGAGUGCAGCUAAAUCCAAAAAUAAUUCCCAAAAUGAGCCGUGCCCUAUAGGAAUCUUUUCUUGUGUUAUUCAAAAGGAGAAACGCUGACGUGUGAUUGUAUCACAAGUGCUACAAUAUUAGCUCGUCUUUCCUUUUCACUGCUCUGAAUGGAAACAAGCGGCCGGACUCUCGAUCACAUAUCAGCUUUCAUCUGAGGAGCAAGAACGGCAGUGAUAGUGGUGGGGUGUAUGUCUGCUUCAAAGGACUCGACACACGUGUGUUCAUGCACACGCAAACACACACACAUACACGCUGUGAUCAAACUGUCCACUGAUUUCUGAAAUACAUGUGCACAUAAUAUCUAAAUAUCGUUACUAGAGCUGCUUUAUGCAAGACCGACUGUAACAUCUUUGCAAUGAAAUUCUGUGUGUGGAAUUAUUUCUGCGCAGAAAAUACAACAACAUAUAUCAAUAAAACUGACUCGACUUUGUGACAUAACAAAUGAACACUGGGUCCUUUGAGCAGGAAGUCUGAACAGCUGAGCACAGCUGGUUUCUGACAGGAUUUCAACCACAGGGGGAAAAAAAGCACCACUUCUGAUCUGAGGAAGCGUGAUGACAGUCUGACAGAUGAAAAACAAACAGAAGAAGUCAAAGCCUGUGGCAUGCAGUCAGUGAUUUGCUAGUGGCGCUACAUGCGAGGCCGAUGAUGUGGUUGUCGCUACCAUUGCUGGCCACUCAGACAGACUUGGACCAGCGGAUGUCUCCAGUGACAGUUGAGCUUUAAUGGCAUGUUUUACAUUAGCUUUGUUUUCUGUUAAGUGUACUAUCACUGAAAAUAAUUUAAUAGCAAGUAAUAAGUGUCCUGUUUUCAUUCCAUUUAAGGAGCACUUAGCAUUCCCUCUGAAAAGAAGGUCUUUGAUUAGGCGAUGGCUGUCAGGCUCGAGGACGUGAGGGUCCUGAAAGAGAUGAGGCAACACUGGAAGUCUUUCAGGCAAAGGGACCGAAUGGCACUGGGGAGGAAGUUAGGAACAGAGAGUGGGUAGUGCGGCUUGUCCUAGCAUAAUCCCUUUAAGUAUUUGGGCCCUGUCCUUAGAACUCUUUGAACAGGUCAAAAUAUUCUUCUGGUUCACUGAAAUUUGAGAAGAAAAAAAGAAGAAGAAGAGGAAAUAAACAUUGCAGCGAUUGUAUUGUCUUUUGACUGCCCAUUAGAAGACCCUUGCAGUUUACUCAGGCCUGAAAAUGUUUUUAAAAAGUCUUUCGAAUCUGCAAACCUCCCAUUUUAGCUGCUCGUCGGGUAUUAAAAACGUUUUUAUGAACCGCUUUUAUGUGACAAUUACGUGAAUAAUAAAAAUAAGAAGA